AUGUCACGUCACGUUUGCGUUACUGCCGCGGAAGGUCACACCGGCCACGCUAUCAUAGAGCUGCUAUUGACACACGAGGACUUCAAGAAUGCUGUUGAUUCGGUCACUGCCCUGUCUCUCCAGCCCCACGGAGACACUUGCAAAGAGCUAUCCAAGCUCGGGGCUAAGGUUGUCACUCACGAGCCGGGCCGACUGAGCAAGAUGGUGGACUCCCUUAAGGCGGUCGGCGCAGACACAUUGUGUCUCAUUCCUCCUGCACGCCAGGAUAAGCUCGACCUGACCAUAGAACUGAUCGAUGCUGCGAAGAAGGCGAAUGUACCUAAUGUUUGCUUCAUUAGCUCUGCUGGCUGCGACCUUGCGGAACGUGAUAAGCAGCCAAGACUGCGAGAAUUUAUCGACCUGGAGACAAGAAUCUUGGCCAGCAAGGGUGAUCCAUCCACGGCCACUGGCCAUUCUCCGGUUGUGAUUAGGGCCGGAUUUUACGCCGAGAACCUCCUUCUGUAUUCCCAGCAGGCGCAAGAAGAAGGAGUACUUCCUAUCCCGCUUGGACCUAACCAUAAGUUUGCGCCAAUUGCAUUAGGGGAUGUUGCGCAGGUUGCGGCACACGUCCUCUCCGGAAAGGGGAAGCAUGGGUUUAGCGAUAAGCACCGCGGCCAAUUAAUCGUGUUGACAGGGCCAAUGCUGGCGACUGGCGAUGAACUUGCUUCUGCUGCCAGCAAAGCCUUAGGACACGAGCUGAAAUUCGAAGAUAUUUCAGAGUCAGAAGCGAAGAGAGUACUUCAGUCCCAGUCGGCUAGUGAUAACUCGGAGCUGCAGUAUUUAUUGGAGUACUAUUCUCUAGUUCGUGAAGGAAAGACGAACUACAUCUCGACUAACGCUUUUCAUGAUAUCACUAAUUCGCACCCACAAGAGCCAGAGGACUUCUUCAAAGUUUAUGCGGAAGAGUUUCGCGUGAAAAAACAGCCAAAGAAACGCAGAACUAGUGGUGGGAAAGGUUGA